AUGCCACUUACAUUUCCAUCAUCAGUUGCCAAAAAAGUUCGGUUGGCUCUAUUACAUAAAUGUAAUAGUAGUCGAAAACGACGUGACGAUAUAACAGUAGUUGAUUAUAGUCAUGGAAACUUAUCAUCUGUACCAGAAGAUAUACUUCAAUAUGAAAAUACAUUAGAAGAACUUCAUUUAGAAGCAAAUUGUUUUCAAGAAUUACCAAAAUGGUUAUUUCAAUGUCAUGUUUUACGUUAUUUAAUUUUAUCUGAUAAUGAACUUGAUUGUUUACCACCAUCUAUUUCAAGUCUUACAAAUUUAGAACGUUUAGAUUUAAGUCGAAAUGAUUUAAUAUCACUACCAGAUAAUAUUCGUUAUUGUAAAUUAUUAACAUCAGUUGAUUGUAGUUCAAAUCGAUUAGAAAGAUUAUGUGAAGGAUUAACAAUGUUAAUUAAUUUAAAAGAAUUAUAUCUUAAUGAUACAUUAUUAGAAUUUUUACCAGGCAAUUUUGGACGGUUAACAGAAUUAAAAGUGUUAGAAAUGCGUGCAACACGUAUGCGAUUAUUACCUGUUACAUUACCAAAAUUAACUAAACUUGAACGAUUAGAUUUAGGUGCUAAUUCAUUUAUUGAAUUUCCUAAUGUUUUAACAAAUCUUCCAUCUCUUAAAGAAUUAUGGUUUGAUUCAAAUAAAUUAAUAUCAAUAGAUGAUUCAAUUGAUAAAUUAACAAAUCUAACUUUUCUUGAUAUAUCACAAAAUCAAUUAACUGAAUUACCAUCUUCAAUUGGUGAUUGUAAAUUAACAGAUUUAUAUGUAUCAGAUAAUUUUCUUAUUAGUUUGCCGGAUUCGAUUGUUAAUUUAACUAGUUUAGAAAUUUUAACAGCAAAUAAUAAUCAAAUUGAACGUUUACCGAAUAAUAUUGGGAAUUUAACAUCAUUAGUUGAAUUACAUUUAUCAUUUAAUAAUUUAACAUCAAUACCAACAAGUAUUGGUUUAUUACAUAAUUUACAAUUUCUUACAUUAGAUCAUAAUCAAAUUCAAUCGAUACCAGCAACUAUUGGUAGUUGUUCAAGUUUAAGUAUACUUUCAUUACGUUCAAAUUGUUUAACAAAUUUACCAGAUGAAAUCGGACGUUUAUCAUUAUUGAAAGUACUUAAUGUUAGCGGAAAUUUUCUUCGAUAUUUACCUUGUACAUUAUUAAAACUUAAAAAUUUACAAGCAUUAUGGAUGAAUGAAAAUCAAGCAAAACCUUUAAUUGCUUUCGAACAAGAACGUCAUCCAACAACAGGUCAACGUGUACUUACAUGUAUACUUUUACCACAAACUGAUCCUUCAAUGAAUCGACAUACAUCAAAAAAUCGAUUUAUUGCCGAACAAACAAUUGAUUAUACACAUCGUCCAAUAACACUUCGUUUUGCUAAUGAUAUAAUUGAUGAACCACGACAACUUGUUCGUAAUCCAACACCAUAUCCAAAAGAAAUGCGAGCAUUUGCUAAUAUUCUUCGAAAUUAUCAUCAUAAUCAUCAACGUCAAGUAAAUCGAUCACCUCCGAAAAAAUAUUCUUCAUCAUCAAAUUUAUUAAUGGUUUGUGAUGAAAUUCCAAUAGAUAAAUCUUGGUGUGAACAUAUAAAUUCAGCAUCUGUUGGUUCAAUGAAUUCCGAUCCAUUAUGUUGUCCAUUAGCACGAAGUCAUGAUGAUUUACUAUGUAGUACUAGUCCAUUAGAUGAUAUUGAAAGAAUGCGUCCCGAUAUCUUACCUGGACAAAUAAAUGAUAUUGAUGAAAGUAAAAGUAAUCAUUCAUUCUAA